UCGUGUCGUAGACCGAGUCGUAGACUUGUCGUUAUGUAAAAGAAGUUUUUGACGUUCAGAUUUUGUGGAUUUCGUAAGAAUUGUCCUGAUAACAAUAAGAAAAAAGUGCGACCCAUCGCUCGUCAAACUGCAAUAGUACCUAGUACAUUAUCUGAAUAAAUGUAUAUCUUAGAUCAACAGCAUUAGUAAUCAAGGCCAAUCAUAUUCAUCCACAAGAAGAGAGCAUAGAUAUUAGACGGGUGAAGGGAAAGGCUUCUUGUCUAGCAGCAUUUAAGUGAAUCUAUUUGGUUCACACGAGACAACAAACAUCUUAGAUUCCAAUAUUUAACUAUCAGUCAAGUACAGACGUUAUAAUUAACGAGGAGACAUUAUGACUGGCGCGUCUAAGGAAAAAGUAAUUCGUGUUGGCUCUAGAAAAAGUGAGCUGGCGCUGAUUCAGACCAAGCAUGUGAUUGCCUGCUUGCAAAGACUCAAUCCAGGUGUUCAGUAUGAGAUUCAUACGAUGACAACCGUUGGGGAUAGGGUACUCAACAAGUCACUGCCGAAGAUUGGCGAGAAAUCGCUUUUUACAAAAGAUUUAGAAGAUGCCUUGCAAAAUGGAGGUGUGGAUUUUGUCGUUCAUUCAUUGAAGGACCUACCGACCGCUCUGCCGGUUGGAAUGGCCAUUGGGGCCGUUCUCGAACGAGAGGAUCCUCGUGAUGCCUUGGUGCUCAACGAGAAAUACCAGGGCAAAACACUAUCUACGUUACCAAAAGGUGCAGUCAUCGGCACAUCAUCCCUUCGUAGAUCCGCACAACUAGCGAGAUUGCAUCCUCAUUUAGUUGUAUGCGACAUACGAGGAAAUUUAAAUACGCGUCUGGCAAAGUUGGAUGCCAAUGGUUCAAAAUUUGCCGGAAUCAUUCUGGCACAAGCAGGACUCAUGCGAAUGGGGUGGAAGAAACGUAUUGACCAAGUCAUUGAACCGGCGGAGAUGUUGUACGCUGUAGGACAAGGAGCGCUUGCUGUAGAAUGCCGGUCUAAUGAUGAAUAUAUACUGGAUAUGCUAUCGAAGCUUUGUCACGUGGAAACUCAGUGUAAAAUUUUGGUGGAAAGAAGUUUCCUCAAAACGUUGGGAGGCGGGUGCAGUGCACCAGUUGCAGUUUGUACAAAUUUAAAGCGUAAGCACGAUUCUAAAAGCAACAACCUCAACAUCCUAGGUUCCGUAUGGAGUUUGGAUGGCCAAACGGAAAUACGUGCUGACGAUGGGUGCUCUAUUCAAUUAGAAGAUGUCCAACUAGAUAUUGAAAAUGGUAACAGUGUUCCCUCGAAAAGAAGCAAAACGGAAGAUGUUGUAGAUAAUGCACUUCACACGGAGGCAGAACCACAAAUCAAUUCAAUCGACGAUAAGCGAAAGAGUCCUGAGAUAGUGGACGACUCUCAACCAAGCUGCUCUAAAUAUGUAGACAAUCUAAACAUGACCAAGUUCAUGGAUGUCCAUGGCGAAAUGUUCAAAAAGUGUCCUUAUUCGGCUCAGCUACAGAAACUGACGGAAUCGGAUCAAGUUCCAGAGAAAGGUCAAGGAGAUGCUAAGGCAGUAGCAUGUCCCAGUAGUGCUUUCCCUGUGGGAGUUGAUUUCAUGGGAGAUUGUCCGUAUGUUACCACUGAUCAAAAGGUAGACCAAACCACACAGGGUGGUAUUCGCUGUCCCAUUAGUGCACAGUUGACAACUGCAAAGGAAGACCACCCAAUCACCGACAAAUGCCCGUUUCUCGCUCAAGCAAAAGUACUAGACUACAACGAAAAUGUGGAGCGGAAAGCACCGAAAUUAGAAGACAACAGCGAGCUGCUGUUUUGCGGUAUGCAUAGGCAUAAGAAUGUCGAAAAGGGAACUUUUGAGGAGUGCGAGCAGUUGGGUCAGCGUUUGGCACAGGAACUGAUAUCGAAAGGAGCAAUGGAGGUCAUGAAGUGUGCUCAAAAAGAGAUCCACUCGAAAGUCUAGUGCAACGCAAGUGUUUCUGGUUAUCUCUGGUAUAGCGGUAAUUGAUUCCAUGGGGCUAUUUGGUAGAAUUGUUGAUAUUGUUGUUAGU